ACUGUAAGGGAUCGACCCCCCGCGCUCCCGGCCCCGCCAGCACCUCUGGCCUCCUGCCCAGCACCCGACUUGCAGCCCACUCCAUGGCCCCCGAGAUGGACCAGGUCUAUAGGUCCACCAUGGCCAUCUACAAGAGCAUCAUGGAGCAGUUUAACCCCGCCCUGCAGAACCUGGUAUACCUUGGAAACAAUUACCUGAGGGCCUUCCAUGCUCUGUCCGAGGCGGCUGAGGUGUACUUCAAUGCCAUCCAGAAGAUCGGAGAGCAGGCCCUCCAGAGCUCCACCUCGCAGAUUCUGGGGGAGAUCCUGGUGCAGAUGUCCGACACCCAGCGGCACUUGAACUCUGACCUGGAGGUGGUGGUGCAGACAUUCCAUGGAGAUCUGCUACAGCACAUGGAGAAGAACACGAAGCUGGACAUGCAGUUCAUCAAAGACAGCCGCCAGCACUAUGAGAUGGAGUACCACCACCGAGCCGCCAACCUGGAGAAGUGCAUGUCUGAGCUGUGGCGCAUGGAACGCAAGAGGGACAAGAAUGUUCGGGAGAUGAAGGAGAGUGUGAACCGGCUACACGCACAGAUGCAGGCCUUUGUGUCUGAGAGUCAGCGGGCAGCUGAACUGGAAGAGAAGCGGCGCUAUCGUUUCCUGGCCGAGAGGCACCUGCUGCUUUCCAACACCUUCCUGCAGUUUUUUGGCCGGGCCCGGGGCAUGCUCCAGAACCGCGUGCUGCUGUGGAAGGAGCAGUCGGAGGCCAGCCGCAGCCCGUCGCGCGCCCACUCCCCGGGCCUGCUGGGCCCCGUGCUGGGGCCGCCCUACCCCUCGGGCCGCCUGACGCCCACCCGCCUGGACAUGCCCCAGAGGCCCCUGGCGGAGUUCGGCUCCCCCCGCAGCCGGCACGGCUCCGAGCCCGGCGAGGCGAGGUCCGCGUCGCAGCUGGAACCAGACCGCCGGUCGCUGCCCCGGACGCCGUCCGCCUCCUCGCUCUACGCCGGCGGCAGCCCGCGCUCGCGCUCCAACUCCUUCGGCGAGCGCCCGGGCGGCGGGGGCGGCGGGGGCGCCCGGAGAGUCCGCGCCCUCGUCUCGCACUCGGAGGGCGCCAACCACACGCUGCUGCGCUUCUCGGCCGGGGACGUCCUGGAGGUGCUGGUGCCCGAGGCCCAGAACGGCUGGCUCUACGGCAAGCUGGAGGGCUCACGCGCGAGCGGCUGGUUCCCCGAGGCCUAUGUGAAGCCUUUGGAGGAGGUGCCUGUGAGCCCCAUGUGCCCCUUGAGCCCAGUGACCUCCAUGAACCCGAUGAGCCCUAUGAAUGAGUUACAUUCCAGAUCCUACCCGCUCCGGGGCAGCCACAGCCUUGACGACCUCCUGGGCCGGCCGGCCAACUCUACAGCACCGUCAGAGUACUGGGACGGCCAGUCCCGCUCCCGAACCCCGAGCCGCGUCCCGAGCCGCGCCCCCAGCCCCGCACCUACACCCUUGCCUGACAGCCGCCAAAGCAGCAUGGGCAGCCCCGGGGUGGCCAGUGACGUCAAGAAACUUACGUCCUGGGAGCAGCACCCUCCAGAGCUCUUCCCUCGGGGCACAAACCCCUUUGCCACGGUAAAGCUGCGUCCCACCAUCACCAAUGACCGCUCGGCGCCCCUCAUCCGCUGA